AUGUUUAUAGGUGUCCCUAUUAAAGAUAUUAAAUGUAAUGAUGUACAGUACAGUUUAAUACUUGAAAAUAUUGAAGACCUAAGAAAAGAAUCUAUAAAACAAAACUUAUAUUUAACAAUCCUUGAUAAUGUUAACACAUUUGUUAAAACCAAUAAAAUAAAAAAUAUAAUUCUUGAUUGGUCUCCUUUACGAGAGCAUAUUGCGUUUUGUAAUAAUAUAAAGGAUUUGUGUACAAAAGAUAAACUGUUUUGUAUUCAAAUAGACAGUCAUAACAUUGUUCCGUGUAAAAUUCUUGAUGUUUACAAAAGAACAAGCAGUUCUGUAAAAAUUCAGCUUUUUAAACAUUUUUUCGAAUACCUGAACGAAUAUGACGAUCUACAACUUGAAAAAAGCGUAAAUGAUUCGAAUUUUACAAGCAAAAAUAUGAAAUUUAUAAUAAAUGCCUGGGACACUCUUGAACCUCAUAAAUUUAACGAUAAAAAAAAGGUGUCGAGUUUUAAAUGCAAUAUUCCAAAAUAUGAACCUGCAAAGUACUAUCAAGGAACAUAUUCAGCAGGUCUGAAAGUUAUGGAUGAUUUUUUUAAUAACAAGUUUCAUAUUUAUAACGAAUGUCGCAAUAAUCCAGAUGUAGAUGGCUUAAGUAAUCUAUCGCCGUACAUACACCUUGGGAUUUUAAGCCCGCAAAAAAUUAUUAAAUUGGCUUAUGAAAAAUUUUACAAAAAAGAUAAAGACAAUCUUGACGGGUAUGUAGCAGAAAUAUUUAUAUGGAGAGAAACAUCAGAACAUUUUUGUUAUCACAAUAAAGAUUAUGAUAACAUUAUGGGUGCACUUGAGUGGGCAAGAGAUAGCUUACACGAACAUGCAAAAGAUGAAAGGGAGCAUUUGUACACAAAAGAAGAAUUAGAGUUCGGUAAAACGAAUGAUAGUUUCUGGAAUGCUGCGGAAAAUCAACUAUUAAAAUUGAAUAAAAUUCAUGGAUAUGUAAGAAUGUACUGGGCCAAGCAGCUUGUAAAAUGGACUAAAACACCAGAAGAAGCAGUUAAAAUUGGUAUUGAACUUAAUGAUAAAUAUUCUAUUGAUGGUAAUGAUCCUAAUGGAUAUACGGGUGUUAUGUGGUGCAUAUGUGGAACAAUGGAUCGGGGUUACAAAGAUAGAGAUAUUACCGGUAAAAUAAGGCCUCUAAAUGCACCUAAAACAAAGCAUUAUGAAAAGUUGUGGAAUGAUGAAAAAGAAACAGAAAAAUAUCUUAAGACAAAAUUGAUAAACAGAACAGAAAAUAAUUAA